AUGAAGCACUCGAAUCCCUCCCAAAAGUCCCCUGACUUCGCCGCUCGUUCGCUGCCCUCUUCCUCCCCUGUCAAUCCCAGGAUGCGCCGUCCCAGUAACGUCAACCAUAACGUCAAGAAGCGCAAGACCUUCCACGAGCAAAGUCCGCCCGGGCAAGGUGGCCCUGCGCAAGGUGAUGUCUUCACCGAGAAGCCUUCCGCCGUCUUUGAGCCCAGCGGCGGCCGCUCUCAUACUCUGAGCGUGGCUAUUCCCGGUAGUAUCGUGGCCAACGCGAAAUCCAUAGAACAGAAGACCCUCCUCGCAGGGAUCAUUGCUCGUGCCCUCGCCGUAUUCUGCGUCGACGAAGUCGUGAUCUUCGAUGACGACGAGAACAGUGCGCAGCAUGACUUCUACGAGCAGAACGACGACUGGUACGAGUCGCCUAUAGACAAGACCAACGACCAGCUCAAUGGCAACGUCCCCUCUACCAAGGGCUAUACCGCCAAUUCGGACCCCUCGCAUUUCCUGGCGCAUCUGCUGUCCUAUCUAGAGACGCCGCCGUAUCUGCGCAAACACCUCUUCCCCAUGCAUCCGAACCUGCGUGGUGCCGGCCUGUUGCCCAGUUUGGACAUGCCGCAUCAUCUUCGUGCCAACGAAUGGUGCGAUUACCGCGAGGGUAUCGUGGUCUCGAACGCCGAUCACUACAAGGCGCGUCGUGGCAGCUACUCGGACGGCUACCCUCGUCGACGUAGCUCGACCAGCCCGACCGGCCCUCCUGCUACGAUCGUGGACACCGGUCUUUCCCAAAAAGUUGUUCUCCCGGAGAUUCAGCUUCCCGAACAUGCGCGGGUCACCGUGCGAUUUUCGCAGGACGGUUCGGAGCAGUACGCCGAGUCGGUUCAUCCGUCCGCGCCUCGUUCGGAGGCGGGUUAUUACUGGGGAUACUACGUGCGCCGGUGUCGGUCGCUGUCCUCCGUCUUCACCGAGUGUCCCUUCGAUGGUGGCUACGAUCUGUCGUUCGGGACUUCCGAGCGCGGCGCUCCCGUGCACACGGUUCUGGAAGAAGACGCCGAGGGGGGCGCAAUGCAUGAUCACGAUCACCACGCGCAACCACCGGACUACAACCAUUUGCUUCUUGUCUUUGGCGGUGUUGCAGGCAUCGAGGCUGCGAUUCGAAACGAUCCUCAACUCCGCGACAUGGCCAUCCGCCCCACCGAGGCCGGCAAGCUGUUCGAUUAUUGGGUCAACCUCCUUCCCGGCCAGGGUAGCCGCACUAUUCGCACCGAGGAGGCCGUCUGGCUGGGCCUGACGAGUCUCCGAGGCUUGGUGGAGGGUAGUCAUCGUCCUAAGAGAUCGUACAGGUACAACGGAUCCAAGGAGUAG